AAUAUACUGAAGCCCGAGAAGCAUAUGAAAAAUCAAUUGAUAAAGACAAUUUAGAUAGUUAUAGGCCUUCUGGUACAGUUGUCUACACAAUGGACUUGCAGAAAGUAAUAAUGUUGCCUCACAUUGAACAGUUCAAAGAAGCAGUGUUUACUCGUAGAAUUGUCCUUUUCAAUGAAUCAUUUGUGCCUGUUGGAAAAAAACCAACCAUGGAUCCUUUUGCAUGCAUCUGGCAUGAGGGAAUUUCCGGUAGGAAAAAGGAGGACAUUGCGAGUGCAUUAAAUUCUUUUAUCAUGCACAAAAGAGAUGCAAAAAAAAUACACAUUUGGAUGGACAAUUGUGCAGCCCAGAACAAAAAUUGGGCUUUGUUUUCCUACCUGACAGGAUUGGUAAAUUCAAAUGAUAUUGAAGCUAAUGAGAUUGUUUUAAACUAUCUAGAGACAGGACAUACAUUUAUGUCUGCAGACCAUUUCCAUCACCAAGUUAAUAAACAGAUAAAGUCAAAAGGAAAAAUGUAUGAUUUUGAAGACUUCAAAGAUGCUGUCAAAGCUAGUAACUCUGGAAAGGUUACUGUAAAGAGCAUGGAGCAUCAGGACUUUUUCACAGAAUUUAACUAUUCUUCACAGUAUAAAAUUAUGCAUAAAGUUCCUCGUCCAUAUCUUAGUGAAAUGGUACAUGUUCUUUUCCAAAGAGGAUCUUUUGACAUGUUCUACAGAAAAUCAUUCAGUGGGGAAGUCUUUCAAUUGUCCUUUUUAAAAGCAGGAUUUACGAAGAAGAGAGAAGUUCCAAAACCAAAUACAAGAACCAGCCCCAGAGGUGUGAACAAAGAAAAGAAACAAGACAUUAUUAAAAAACUUGUGCCUUUGAUGCCUCCCAACAGACAUGGCUUUUGGGUUGAUCUAGCAGUGAGUGAGGAGCCUGAUCUAAUCACAGAACAUGACAUUGACUGAGUUGUAUAGACAAUAUUCAUGUAAAUUUCUAAAAAUGUGUGUAACUUUGUCAUCAUAGUAAUUAGA